CUCUACACUGUGUGUGACAGGAUGUGGUCCAGCAGAACAACACUCUGAUCGAGGAGAUGCUCCACCUCAUCAUCAUGGUCGUCAGUGAGCGGUACGUGUCAGGUGUUGGCCAGGUGGAACCUUUUGAUGAGGUCAGAAGAGAAAUCAUCCACCAGCUGUCAAUCAGACCGAUGGCUCACAGCGAGCUGGUGAAGGCUCUGCCAGAGAAUGGCAACAAGGAAACGGGUCUGGAGAGAGUCAUCGACAUUGUGGCUUCGUUCAAGAAGCCAGGUGUGACGGGUCGAGGACUGUAUGAACUGCGUCCCGAGUGGAGUAAACACUUCAACCUGUACUUUCAUCACUACAGCAGAGCCGACCAGUCCAAGGCUGAGGAGGCUCAGAGGAAGCUGAGGAGACAGAACGGAGAGGACACAGCCCUGCCCCCCCCUCUCCCUCCCCCCCUCUGUCCCCUGUUCGGCAGCCUGGUGAACCUGCUGCAGUGUGACGUGCUGCUGGCUGUAGAGGGCGCCGUGCUGCAGUGGGCUGUGGAGCCCAGCGGGGGGGGCUGGACCGAGUCCAUGCUGCAGAGGGUGCUCCACCUGGUGGGUGUGGCUCUGCUGGAGGAGCAGCAGCAGCUGGAGAACAGCAGCGGAGACGAUGACGUCACCUUCAACUACACCUGCAAGAUCACACGUCCAGGUGAGGCUCCCAGCACUUCAGGAAGUGUCCUGGCUCUGUUGGAGAGUCUGCAGAACGCUCCUCACUUGGAGGUCCACAAAGACAUGAUCACCUGGAUCCUCAAGAUGGUGACAAACAUCAAGACGAUGAGAGAGCGCACGUCCUCCGCCUCCACCGUCACCAUCAGCCAGGAGCAGGGCCCGGAGGAGACGGUGCGAGACAAAGACAAGGCGGAGAGGAAGAGGAAGGCGGAGAUGGCUCGGCUCAGGAGGGAGAAGAUCAUGGCUCAGAUGUCUGAGAUGCAGAAACAUUUCAUCAACGAGAACAAAGAACUCUUCCAGCAGAGUCUGGAGGAGCUGGAGGCCUCCACCUCUGCUGCUGCAGAGACCGGUUCUCCCAGUCUGGAGCCGUCCUUUGUCUCUCAGGUGUGCGUUGGUCCUAGGAGAGUGGGCGGAGUCGAGCGCCGCCAGCUGGUGACCUGCAUCUUGUGUCAGGAGGAGCAGGAGGUCAGAGGUCACGGCAGAGCAAUGGUGUUGGCCGCAUUUGUCCAGAGGUCCACUGUUUUGUCCAAAAACCGCCACCACGGCCUGCCCGACCCAGAGCAUCACGACCCUCUUUUCAUGCACCCUGACCUGUCUCUGGGGGUCCACACGGCCAGCUGUGGACACAUCAUGCAUGCCACCUGCUGGCAGAGGUACUUUGAGGCGGUGCAGCUGAAGGAGCAGAGGCGUCAGCAGCGUCUUCGAGGUCACACCAGCUACGACGUAGAGAACGGAGAGUUCCUGUGUCCGCUGUGCGAGUGUCUGAGCAACACUGUCAUCCCUCUGCUGCCACACACACGCACACCUGACCACAG